UGAGCAAUCUAAUUGUGAACUGAUCUAAUAUCACCCCAUGGCCAAUCGCUUCCUUGUCCUCCUUCUCAUAUUCUCUAGUUUUUCUAUAAACAUUCACGCAUGCAACCAAACUGAACGCAGCUCUCUUCAGUCCUUUGCCCUCACUUUGUCAACUUCAACUCCUCUAAAUUGGACUUCCGGUGAGUGCUGCCGCUGGGAGGGCAUCUCUUGUAAUCCGGGUGGUUCGGUCACUCAUUUGAGCUUACCCUCCAAAGGCCUCAAACUCAAAGGAGGUAAUUUUCCUUCUUCAUCACUUGAAAAUCUCCCGCAUCUCACCCACCUCAACCUCUCCCAUAAUUCAUUUUAUGGUUCGAUAGAGCUAAGUAAUGGCUUCUUCUUGUCCUUGAGUCAUCUUGAGGUCCUUGAUUUGAGCUAUAACCUUCUCUCCGGAGAGCUACCACUUUCUCUGCCAUCCAUCAAUAUUCAGAUUGUGGAUUUGUCCAACAAUAACUUUCAUGGUGCAAUUCCAUCUUCAUUUUUUUGACAAGCUAGCAAUUUGACUAGUUUUAGUGUCAGCAAUAAUAUGUUGUCAGGGUCUAUCCCCUCAUCGGUUUGUCAUAAUUCUUCACCCUUCAUUACGUUAUUGGACUUCUCCUUCAACAAUUUCAGUGGCAGUAUAUCUCAUGGAAUAGGGGAGUGUUCCCAACUAAAGGUUUUUCGUGCCGGGAACAAUAACCUUUCGGGAUUACUUCCACAAGAUAUCUAUAAUGCUACCAUGCUUGAAGAAGUUGCAUUACCAUUCAAUUUUCUUAAUGGAGUCAUUAGUGAUAGAAUCGUCAACCUCACCAACCUCGCAAUUCUUGACCUCCACUUUAAUCAAUUGAGUGGCAUGAUCCCCCUACACAUUGGGAAACUCUCCAAGUUGAAACUCUUGUUCCUUCAUUUCAACAAUUUCGAAGGUUCUGUACCCCCAUCUCUGAUGAAUUGCUCUAACCUUAGAGAGCUGAAUCUUGGAAUCAACUAUCUGGAAGGAAAUAUCUCUACCCUUAAUUUCUCGAGACUAAGUAAACUUAGUAAACUUGAUCUUGGUCAGAAUCUGCUCACUGGUAUCUUACCAAGUAGCCUUUACUCAUGCCGGUCUCUUAGAGCAAUUCGACUGAGUCAUAACGAUUUAGAAGGAGAAAUUCAACCUGAGAUUCUAUCAUUGACAUCCUUGUCCUUCCUCUCGCUCGGUUUCAAUAGGUUGACCAAUAUCUCAAGGGCAAUGAGGAUAUUGGGGCGUUGCAAAAGUCUUGUAUACUUAUCCUUCGCCUUUGGUUUUCGAGGUGGGGAGUUGCCGGCUGAUCUUGGCGUGGUUGAUUUUGAUGGACUACAAAAUCUUCGGCUUUUGGCUUUAGAUGAUUGUGGCUUCACUGGUCAAAUACCUGUAUGGUUAUCUAAGGUAAAGAAGCUAGAGGUCUUGGAUAUGUCUUUUAAUAGUUUAACAGGUUCCAGUCCUAGUUGGUUGGUGAAUCUUCCAAGGCUCAAUUUUUUGAACUUGGAAGCUAACCUAAUUUCAGGUGAAUUUCCAAAGGAACUUUGUAGGCUCCCGAUGUGGGUAUCCGAAAAGACUGCUAAUCAAGAGGAUGAUAUCGAGCUUGAAUUGCCUGUCUAUGGAUCCCGAGGUCCAACAGUGUUUGUACAAUACACAUUGUCUUACUUUCCUCCUGCAAUGGACUUAAAGAGUAAUAACAUUAGUGGUAGCAUACCUAUUGAGAUUGGCCAAUUGCGGCUUCUCCGUCAUUUGGAUCUUAGCAACAACAACUUCUCAGUAAACAUUCCAGAGCAGAUAUCAAACCUUAAGAACAUGGAGACAUUGUACCUUUCCAAGAAUCAUUUGUCUGGGAAAAUUCCAUCGUCACUCUCGUGGCUUAGUUUUCUGAAAGACUUUGAUGUUUCAUACAAUAACCUUGACGGCGAAAUACCAACAAGCACUCAGCUCCAGAGCUUCAGUGCAUCGGCAUUUGAGGGGAAUCCGAAACUUUGUGGCACUCCACUUCCAACUGAGUGUCAGCCAACUAAAGGCAAGGAUGCAGAUAACAAUAACAUUAAUGAAGAUAGUACGGAGGAUGAGGAUGAAGAUCAAAUUCCAUGGUUGCAUGUUUUUGUUAUUCUUGGGUUCAUUUUAGGAUUUUGGGGUGUUUGUGGCCCUUUGGUGCUGAAGAAGAAGUGGAGGUAUGCAUAUUUCGAAGUCCUAGACAAUGCUCAUAAUAGGAUUUAUGUGAUGGUAAUCAGGUGUAUAGCCAAAAUGCAGAGAAGGCUUAGAAGCUAGAGUAGAGUAGAUUACUCCCAAUAACUGUUUCAUUUUUCCUGUUCUCUUAUUGUUGUUUGGUGC